AUGUCGCUCACCAUCGAAGCCAACACGCCAGCUGCGCAAGCGCUUCAAACCUCCAUCCAGUCUCACCUCGCAAGUCGAGGCUGGGCAGAUAAGGAUGACGAGGUGAUGGCAGAGUACGGUGAGUCACCGGCGAGGUGCCCAAGCGCCGCACACGAGCGCAUACACCCUGAUCAUUUGCUUCCCUCCUCAUCGUCGACGCGCUGUGACAGUGGUGGUGAUGCUCAGCAACUCAAAAUCCGUGGACCAAGUUACUGCGGAAAUGGAAGAGAUCAUUGGCAACGACUUUGACCCGCGCAGUUUUGGCAAAUGGUUGGAGCAGGAGAUGAGCAGAGGCGCAAGAGACGCGAACCAGCGAGACGUAGUGGGCAGCAGUGGAAGUAGCAGCAGAGAAGCGCCAGAAAUCAUGGAGAGCACACGUAGGGGUGGCACAGAUGAGCAGAGGAGGAGCAGAAGCCCGAAAGUCGAGCGCAGAAAGCAAGAACUGGGCUACGAUCAAGGGCCCUUUUCAGGCGAGCGCAGGCGGAGCAGAAGUCCUCAAAGAUCAACAUUCGGCAGGCGGGCAGAUACGUACCGGCCGGGAGCGGCCCAAGACAGGAAUCGUCGCUUCGACUUCUCGAACGGGCAAUCGCGGGAUGAUUAUUACAGGUCUGGUCCAGGGCUCAGAGCCUGGGGCGGCCAAGACCACUCAGCCAGAGACCAGCAAUACCCGCACGAACAUCUACCGGGCAGAGGGAAUCGCACCGCGAUGGACUCGCCCGCUUUCGCUUCGAUGCCCGCUGUUCGGCAACCACCACAGAGCGAUGAGGAUGCGGCCAUGAUGAGCAGCUCGCCACCUACAGGCCCUCGGCACCUGAGGGUUCGGGGGGCUGCAGGUGCUGGUGGGGCGCUCUUCGCCAGGGCCAUGGCUGGUGCUCCUCAUCAAGACAAAGCGGAUGAUUUGGUCGCUCAACCUGCGCCUUCCAUCCUUUCGCGCUUCGCCGUUCCGGAUCCACGAGCUGGCGUUUUUGAGCCAGCUCAACAGACGACUGCCGCUCAGCCUGCUCAACACCAUGUCGCACGUCCGGGCGUGUGGGCCCCUCAAACAAGCACCAACGGCUCGUCCGCUCCAUUGCUCCAUCGUCUCGAUCCCAUGCUACCCAACAACCAAUUCUCGUCGUCGGAUGCGAUGAGCGUCGAUGAGGUUCAGCCAGCUCAACAUUCUUCCGACUGGCCUAGUCAACCCGCGUCCUCCGGACUGUGCAGGUACGGACUACAAUGCACCAAUCCGAUGUGCUCAUUCGCGCAUCCUUCCCCAUCUGCAGCAUCAGCAAAGGGAGGUCCUGCAGCCAACGCUCAGUCCGAAGACCCCUUGGUCCUCGACCCCACUCCUUGCAAGUUUCAGGCUUCGUGCACCAAAAGGGAUUGUUCGAGGAGUCACGUCAGCCCUGCACAGCUCUUCCUGGGUGGACGCAACAAUGCCAGCGGGUCAACUCUCAGCGUCGAUCCAUCUCAGACUCCAUGCAAAUUCCAAGCAGCCUGCACGAAUGCAAAAUGUGCAUACGCGCACUUUGAUCCGAACACUGGAGCAGCUGGACCCAGUCCUGCUGCCCUCACGCUCGCGACUGCAUCGACGACGCCAGCCGAUUUCAGUCCCGCCAAUGUGCCCUGCAAAUUUGGUUCGGCUUGCACCAGAGCUGAUUGCAAGUUUGCGCACACGCAAGCACGUGACGAGCCAUCGGGUGGCGAUGCAAAGUGCAGAUUUGGAGCUGGAUGUACGCGAGGUGAGUGCGGAGUGGAGCAAGCGAAUACCAGGUCAUGAAGCAUUAUUGUGAUUCCUUUUGGGACUGACGCUGAAUCUGGCGUCUCGUGAUGACACCCCCGCAAUGUUCAGCCGACUGCCGCUUCGCGCAUCCUCUUGGUCGAGCGAUAGAUAUCGCGGGCUACUCGGGCUUGUCCAAUGGCUCGAUUGGUGCGCGUCCGAUCGAUGCGGAUACCGAAUUGGCUGCUCGUCGGACGCAGCGCUUCGGCGUCAAUUCCGGUUCUGGGCAGUCCAGCGAUGCUCCGCUCAAGGAUGAAGAUGGACGACCAGGGAUUCGGGACGUGGAGGACGACGACAUCGAACUUGUUUUGCCCGGCUCUGGUGGAAACACCUCUGGCACGACGGAAAGGAGGUCCGUCCAGCCUGUUGCCUAA